AUUGCAUCUGGCAGCCCUGCAUUCAGUUUAGAAUGCACACAGAAAAAUGCGGAGACCAAGAACGGGGAAAGCGCUAUAGAAUUUUGUAUCCGAAGAAUAAGGCGGGGCACCAUGUCGUAAAACCUGUUAAAGAAGCCUGCAAUUAUGAUUAUGUCACCGAGCUCAUUGCUGAAUUGCUGCAAUUGAAAGAACAAUCAAGAGCAGCCGGACUGUGAGACAGGCUUCUUCCUUUCGGUUCUCUCCUCCACCUUUGGCAUCUUCUGCGAAGAAAAUUUUAAAGACUGAAGCAGUGCAGUUUCAAAUGUUAGCUGGGUAGAGAGGAGCCUGCCAUGUAGAUGGACUCCAGUGGAAAGAUUAUCUAGGCCAAGCACAGCGAGAUCCAGCAGGCAAACAUCAAGGCCAUGGGAGAACAGGAGGUCAAGGACGGGGAGCGGAUGUCCGUCACUGUGAAGGACAUGGGAGCCUGUGAGAUCUACCCACAGAACAUCCAGCAUAACCCCAAUGGAAGGUUUGUGUGUGUGUGCGGUGAUGGUGAGUACAUCAUCUACACAGCCAUGGCCCUACGUAACAAGAGCUUUGGGUCUGCCCAGGAGUUUGUAUGGAGCAAUGACUCCUCUGUGUACGCCAUACGGGAGGUCAACAGCAUGGUGAAAAUCUUCAAGAACUUCAAGGAACUCAAGACAUUUAAGCCGGACUUUGGAUGUGAAGGUAUACAUGGAGGCAACAUGCUUGGUGUGAGGUCAGUGAGUGGGCUGGCGUUCUACGACUGGGAGACCACGGACCUUGUGCGACGGAUAGAAAUCUCACCUAAAAAUAUCUACUGGAGUGAGAACGGAGAGCUGGUGUGCAUCUCUACGGAGGAGUCCUUCUUCAUUCUCAAGUAUCGCCAGGAGGCUGUAGACCAGGCAAAAAACGACAAGGAACUUGUAACAGAGGAUGGCAUUGAGGAGGCUUUUGACGUUGUUGGGGAGAUAGAGGAAGUAGUGGAGACAGGAGUGUGGGUGGGAGAUUGCUUCAUCUACACCGACAGUGUCAACAGACUGAAUUACUAUGUGGGGGGAGAGAUAGUCACUAUAGCCCAUCUAGACAGAGUGAUGUACAUUCUGGGCUACAUCCCCAAGGACAAUCGUCUCUACCUGGGUGAUAAGGAGCUAAACGUGAUAAGCUUCUCUCUCCUGCUCUCGGUGCUCGAGUACCAGACUGCCGUGAUUAGGCAGGACUUUGAGACCGCAGACAAGGUGCUGCCCACUGUGCCUCGCGAACACCGGACACGUGUUGCUCACUUCCUUGAGAAACAGGGCUUCAAAUCUCAGGCGCUGGCAGUGACCUGUGACCCGGAGCACAAGUUUGAGUUGUCUGUGCAGCUGGGCGACCUCAAGAUUGCCUACCAGAUUGCUAAAGAACUAGAGGGAGAACACAAGUGGAAGCAACUAGCUGAGAUGGCCAUACAGAAGUGUGAGUUUGGCCUGGCAUUGGAGUGUCUGCACCAGGCGCAGGACUUUGGGGGGCUCUUGUUGCUAGCCAGCUCAGCGGGGAAUGCAGAAAUGUUGGCGAAACUUGGCGACUCUGCUGAGAAGGCGGGUCAUAAUAACGUGGCGUUCCUGUCGCAUUUUGUGCUAGGAAGAUUGGAGAAUGCCCUAGAAGUGUUGGUAAACACUGGCAGGCUUCCUGAGGCAGCUUUCUUUGCCAGAACUUACCUACCCAGUCAAGUAUCCAGGGUGGUAAAGCUGUGGCGGGAGUCCCUGGGGAACAUGAAGGCUGCAAGCUCCCUGGCCGACCCCCGGGAGUAUGAGAACCUGUUCCCAGGCUUCAAUGACACGGUCAAGUGUGAACAGUACCUCAAACCACAGAGGAUGAGACGGUACCCGGCCAGGACCUACCCACAGGCACCGGCCAAUGUGGAACGUCACCCACUUGAAGAGAUGGCAGCUGCAGAAGAGAAGGGAGCCUUCAGUUACCAGCCUCCAAGGACUGAUGGUGAUGAUGAGGAGGAGGAGCAGUUUCAAGAGGCAACUGAGUCACAGCCUGCAAGAACACAGGAUCCCGAUAUAGACUGGAACUCAAAACCAUCAGAAGAGGAUAUUACGUCUGGACAGAAAUCAAGUGAACCAGUCCCAGAACUUAACAUAGAAGCUGAGCACAUCAAUGUUACCAAGCCUGCCCAUUUAUCUCAGAUGACUUGGAAGCCUUCCUGUGCCAUGAGUCCAGACUGGGACUCCGAUAAUGACCCUGAGGAUGAGGGCCAAUCAAAAACUUUUGAGGGUUAUUCAAAAAGUUCAGAAACUGAGCGUCAUUCAAGCAGUUUUAUUGAGGAGGGUUCCUUUAAAAGUUCAGCAAACGAGGGUUUUUCUAAAAGUUAUGAAAAUGAGGGUAUUUCAAAAAGUUCUGAAAAUGAGGGAUUCUCGAAUGUGACCCCAAAUGAUGACAUGGGUUGGUCGGAUGAGGAAGCUAGCCUCUCAGAAGAUGAGAAGGAGGCACAAUCAAGCCAACCUGCAGUGCAGCAGCCCAAACUGGGGGCCAAAGAAAUGGCUGACCUUGAAAAGGAGCUCGAACUCGACCUUGAAAACUUGGACGUCAAUACAGACGGAGUUGAUACAGGGGACACACAGGACAUAGACCUAGAUGAAAACUUAUUGGAAGACUGAUUGGUCAACUAUGCUUGUAGAAGGAAGAGACAUUUUGAUCAUUAUUAGGGAAACAAGUUUUGAAAUUGCAUGACUGUGUUCAUAGAGUGUUUAUGAUUUGAUUUCAAGUUACAUAUGAGGUUUACAAGUGAUGUGAAUCUUUACUUGUGCUUAUUACUAUCUUGUCAGUGCUUAUUGUUUAACUCUCAGUGGGACAAUGGAAUUACAAAUGGUUUGUGAAAAUUUGAGACAGAUGAAUUGUGUUUGAAAUCAUUUCAUUUAGUGCUAAUGUAUGUUUUUAGUUUUGAGGGAACUGAGUGAAUACUGCUUGUGCAAUUGACUGAUACAUAUUGAUUUAAAUUGUUUUAGUGAAGCUUAUACUAAAAUUACAUUUCACGUGUGAGGUAUGGGAAAUUUACCAAACCAAGUUUUUUUCGGCAUUGAUAUAAUUAAAAAAGGCAAGGGUCUAGUUAAAAAUGUUAAGAAUAACUUAUUUUAGUUUCUUAAUAGGUCAGCAUAAAAUAAAACAUUUAUGUAACAACACAUAAUUGUAUUUAUUUCCAUUAUUUGGCAUAAAGUUACCAGUCAUAUUCAAGAUGUAAUAACUAUGUUGUUGAACUAAAACUCUUGAAAGAGCGGGCAUGUUAAGUUACAUUGUAAAUAGUGACAUCACAUUUGCAUGUUUGGAAUAUUCCUAUAUAUGAUACAAUAUGUUGGUAUGAUUUUGUUACAUGUAGUUAUAAUUUGCAAUGCAUACUUUACAUAUAUUGUAUGUGUGAUACAAUCCCGUGCUUGUCAUUGUUAUAAUACAUCUCAAUACUUUCUCCUGUUUUUGGGGUAAAAGAAUAAGAAGCCAUGAUGUUGAAUACCACUGAAUACAAGUAAAAUAUGCGACUUACUGACAUCUAUGUUGAGCAAUGUGGCAAUUGUCUCGGAUGAAUGUUUCAUUAUUCGUGUAGUAUAUAUGAAUAUAUUUGUUAGUUUUUAUCUAAUUAUGAAAUAUUUAAGUUUGAUCUAAUUAUGAAAAUAUUAAAUAAUAUUGUUGAGUCUUGAAUCCAAAAAAAAGCAUUAUUGCAAUGUGUAUAUUUUUUGGACAUAGCAUGUUUCAGUAAAUUAAAAUAAUGCAUAUAUAAUAUUUCUUACUGACUCAGUAUUGAAUAAGGAUUAAACACUCCUAAGAAAUUACAAAUAAAAUGGUUUGGGGGGGGGGGACAAAGUUUGAAUCAAGCCUGUAUUCAAGCUGUUAUAAUUGAUCAUUUGACCAUAGUUACAGUGUACAUUAUAUUUAUUUGUGUAUAAUGACUAUAAAAAUACAUCACAUGUGAAUGUGAUAUCAUGCAUAUUUUGGCUUCUACUGUAGCAUCAUGAGGAUGGAAAUACUAAAUAAAUUUGAUAAUACAAA